AUGGGUCUUCAAAAUCGGAUCACAUCAGCACACCUAGACUCUGAAGAAAGGAGGCAACAUACUCACGUCUUCUGGCUAGUGUAUAUUUUGGACAAGGACUUAAGUCUGCGCGCACAACAACCAUCUAUUCAGCUUGACGAUGACAUUGAUCUAGACUUGCCACAUUCCCUACCUGCGGAUGAUGAGGGUGAUGGUGAUGCUCCUGGAGUAAUAGCUACCGCCGAUGGAAAUGCCCGAAUGAACUACUUCCUAGCGCGUGUGCAGUUAGCUAACAUCGAGGGUGGUGUAUAUGACUGCAUCUUCUCAACAAGGGCAGCGAAACGCAGUCCAGAGGAGCGACUUGCUGCAGCCAAUAGCGUACUCGAAGCCCUCGAGAAAUGGCAAGCCGAGAUACCAUCUGAGUUUGGCGCCGCCGCCGUCAUCACUUCGAUAGCAAACGACUCAACAAGUCUUGGCUUAUAUUGUGUUCUGCAUUCUAUCAGCCUUCGUUGUAUGACUCUUAUUAAUAGAGCUCAUGCCUGGAACGAUGAGUGGCUUCCCAUUGGAUGGGCAAUGCUGGUUCACCAAGCGCGAGACUUUAUGAUUUUGUUUGAGCGGGCGUGGUCAGCGGAGAUCUGGUUUCGCUGGUAA